CGUAAUGUUGUUGUGGGGAAGGUGGGUUCUAAAAUGGCUACCUGAAGUCCAUCAGAGGUAUGACUCGAACAGUACUUUCCAAGAGCAUACCUUCACACAAAUAUGCACAUUACUUUUGUGGUACUGAUUGUGCAUGCAGUGGAGCUGACCAAACGACCACGGCAAAACCGCGGCUCGAGCCAAUCGCCCCACAUCCCAACCAUGGUGGCACGCCUCCAGCCGCGAGAGCUACCUUUCUACCGCCGGCGGAGGGUACAAGUUGUGUUUGUUUUUCUCUUCCUACACUUCCUCAUCGUCUGGUGGCUCAGCCGACGUCUCAAGUCUCGAGAACACCGCCACUAGCACCGUCGAGCCAGCUUCACCGCGCUGUUUGCUGCCCGCCAUUCUCCCCACCAGCCGACUCACUGCCUGCGCCCAAAGCGACGUUCGCAAUCGACCUCCUCUCACACGCGACACCGAAUACCUCUUCC